UCCUGGUUGGUGGAGCAAUUCACACAGCAGACUCGCCAUCUGUUUCCUCCAAUGUCUCCAAUGUAGGCAAAGCCUCAUCCUCAGUACUGCUCUGUCUGGUGUCACUCAGCGCGUGCAUGUGAAAACAGAAAGUCCCGGAAAUGAAAGAGCAAAGAGCCGAUAAACUGCACAUGGGAAACGCCGGGAAAGACAAUGCACCCGGACUGGUUUUAAAGGAUCUGAUGCUUUCUGUUAGAAGAUGCUAAAUGAAAAGCUGAACGGAUUCUUCAUGGUGCUUUACCUCAAGCUCCGCGUCCCUCGAUAAUGCCGCACUGAAAUGGAUACAGCUCUAAGUACUCUCGGAGUGACUUCUUAACCAGUGGGAUCAGCCGUCUGCAGCAUCAGGACCAGCCUCAUACUGUCAACGAGAAAAGAAAAACGAAAACGCGUUUUCGCCUCACUGUGUUUGUCCCUGGCGGGCCGCCGUUGAAAUGGGAGAGAACAUGUCGAAGAGACUGAAACUGGCCACUGGCUCGGAGUCAGAGAUGGAAGAGCGCAGUUUUAAUAACCCUUACCCGGAUUGGGAUCACGUUGUGUCUUCAAAUUCAGGAGCGGACAGUAACAGCAACGACCCGUUUGAUGCGAACGGAAAGAUCAGUGAUGCCUUUCAGAAGAAAGUACAGAACAAGAUCAAAGAUCUUCUCCAGCAAAUGGAGGAGGGCUUGAAAACUGCAGAUCCCCAUGACUUUUCCACCUAUACAGGCUGGACAGGAAUAGCCCUGCUGUACCUGCAGCUUUACCGCGUGACCGACGAAGCCUCGCACCUGCAGCGCGCUCUGGAUUACGUCAAGCGUACGCUACGAAACUUGAACGGCCGUCGUGUCACCUUCCUCUGUGGAGAUGCCGGGCCAUUAGCUGUAGGUGCAGUGGUUCACCACCACUUAAAAAACCAGGCUGAGUCCCAGGAGUGUCUCACUAAAUUGCUUCAGCUCCAGCGUUCCGUUCUCAGUCCUGAUUCUGACGUUCCCGAUGAGCUUCUGUACGGACGGGCCGGCUACCUUUAUGCCCUGUUGUACAUCAACAAAGAGAUCGGGCCUGACACCGUAGAUGAGACGACCAUUUCUAAGGUGGUGACGGGUAUUUUGGAGUCGGGGAAGAGCUUGUCUAAAGAGGAGAAGAAAAGCGAGCGUUGUCCACUGCUGUACGAAUGGCAUAAGAAACAAUAUGUUGGAGCAGCUCAUGGCCUGGCAGGCAUUUACUACAUGCUUAUGCAGCCCGGUGCCAAUGUAAAUCAGGACGUAUUGAAUGAGUUGGUCCGGCCCAGUGUCGAUUAUGUGCGGCACAAGAAGUUUCGCUCGGGCAAUUACCCAUCAUCCCUCAGCAACGAGACCGACAGACUGGUGCACUGGUGUCAUGGAGCACCUGGGGUGGUGCAUAUGCUCAUCAUGGCUCAUAAAGUCUUCAAGGAUGAUAAAUACCUAAAAGAUGCUUUCGAAUGUGGAGAGGUGAUCUGGCAGCGAGGCUUACUGAGGAAAGGUUAUGGAAUCUGUCAUGGCACCGCGGGGAACGGAUACGCCUUUCUCUCCCUCUACCACCUUACACAGGAUAAGAAGUACCUGUAUCGUGCCUGCAAGUUUGCUGAAUGGUGUUUAGACUAUGGAGCCCAUGGUUGCCGUAUUCCAGAUCGGCCUUAUUCUCUUUUUGAAGGUAUGGCCGGAGCCAUCCAUUAUCUCUCCGAUCUCAUGCAGCCUGAGACUUCCCGCUUCCCUGCUUUUGAACUUUGACCGGUUCAUUUGGAGGCAUAAACUUUUACUCCUUCAUUGGGACUUUACAUGCUUUUACAGCGCACAUUUGAUGGUAUGAUGACUACAAUGACACGGAUGGACCCUUUAAAAUGAUGAAGACAAAAAUUCUUCCUCAUCACAACGGACGCAAAAAAAUCCAGCCUUCUGCCUAUAACUUCUAUCAUCGCCGCCUCAAGUUUUGUCUUUGACGCUUGUAGUCUUUAUCCAUAUGUUGGUUUUUAUGCUAAUAUAUAAUUUCAUUUGGUUUCAAUUUCUGUCCUUCUUUUGCAUCUGCAUGUUUGGUGGCUUGUAGCAGUGUAUCUGUUCGAUGGUGUCUCGCAACAGGAUGGUUUCGAUUUUACCUGUUGAGGAUCUGUAUAUGUUGUCUUUUGUCUUUGCAUGAGGAUGGCAACACACUUGUGUAUAUGUGCCUGUAAGUAAAAUAUCAACAGUAUCGACACAGCGUGGUUGUUUUGUGCUCUAUGUACUGUAUGUCAAACUGUUUCGUUUCAGUUGCCACAGAUGAAUGUCUUGAUGAAAGAAAGUAUUCACUGUACCGAAUGAAUGAUACGUUAUUGUAAAUAUUAUUUCCUCAGGCAAACUGUGCUAUGAAUGUCACAAUAAAUUGUACUUUUUUGAACUGGUCAAAA